AUGACAGUUCUAUGUUUCGUAGCCGACUAUCUAUCUAUCUAUCUAUCUAUCUAUCUAUCUAUCUAUCUAUCUAUCUAUCUAUCCGAAGCCACUGGUUCUCAAGCGGCUACAAAUUUUUAUCGACUUCUUCCAAAAUUAAUCGACUCUUACAUUCCUCCUUCCCCUUCUCUCUCUCUCACACACACAUACACACUCUCUCUCUCUCUUUCUCUCUCUCCCCUGAUCCAUCGAUCCCCCACCCUUUGCAGUUUCCCCUCUUUUAUAUUCUGUUUGUUCGGUUCUCAGUCUGAUGAUUUCUUUUUCUUUCUUUCUUUCUUUCUUUCUUUCUUUCUUUCUUUCUUUCUUUCUUUCUAUUCUGUUAGUUCCUUUCUCAGUUUAUUUCUUUUUUUUCUAAGCUAUAUACCGUCUUUAACUAUUUAUUUUCGGAUAUUCUUUAUUUCUCUCUCUCCUUGUUUCCUAAACUUGCCUUCUCAUAUUCUUCAGAGGAAAAUUCUUCUUUUUUACUUUCUUUAUUUUCUUAAUCUUUCUUUCUUUUUUUAUUUAUUUCUUACUUUCUUAUAUUGCAUUUUCUUUCUUUAUCUCUUUCUUUCUUUAUCUUUUUCUUUCUUUAUCUUUUUCUUUCUUAAUAUCCUUUUUUCGCCGAAUUUUUAG